CGACUAUUUUCCGGCCUCUUACACGGCCUUUCUCAGCCGAUACGCUCGCUGCAAAAAUUGCGGCCCCAAAAUCCGUCGUCAUCAGCGGCUAAGGCGGCCCAAAAUUCAUCGCGAUGAGCGAGAAAGUAAUAAUGAAGGGUACCCUUAAGGGUCACAAUGGAUGGGUUACCCAAAUUGCCACAACACCGGCAUUUCCCGACAUUGUUCUAUCGUCAUCAAGGGACAAGUCUGUCAUCAUGUGGAAGCUGACCAGAGAAGAAAACAAUUACGGAGUCCCCAAGAAAGCUCUGAAGGGUCACAGCCAUUUUGUGUCAGACAUUGUGAUGUCCUCCGAUGGUCAGUUUGCUCUCUCCUGCUCUUGGGAUAAGGAACUUCGUCUCUGGGAUCUUGCCACAGGAAAGACGACGAGACGCUUUGUGGGACACACCAAGGAUGUCCUCAGCGUGGCUUUCUCUCAGGACAAUCGCCAGAUUGUCUCUGGCUCUAGGGACAAGACCAUCAAGCUGUGGAACACCCUGGGAGUCUGCAAGUACACCAUCCAGGACGACUGCCACAAGGCGUGGGUGUCCUGCGUUCGCUUCUCACCAAACCAAGUCAACCCAAUCAUCGUUUCUGCAGGAGUCGACAAGCAAGUCAAGGUAUGGAAUCUCACCAACUGCCGUCUGAAGACCAACCACUUCGGACAUUCUGGUUACCUGAACUGCGUAACUGUGUCCCCAGACGGUUCACUAUGUGCAUCUGGUGGCAAGGAUGGUAAAGCCAUGUUGUGGGAUCUGAAUGAGGGCAAGCAUCUGUACACACUGAAUGGAGCUGAGGAGAUCAACGCUCUGUGCUUCAGUCCCAAUAGGUACUGGCUGUGUGCUGCUGCUGGACCAACAAUUAAGAUCUGGGAUUUGGAAGAGAAGUGCAUCGUCGACGAACUGAAGCUGGAGGUGAUCAACCCAACCUCCAAGGCCCUUCCCCCAGGUUGCCUCUCCAUGGCCUGGUCGGCUGAUGGACAGACCCUCUUCGCUGGGUACACGGAUAGUGUCAUCCGCGUCUGGCAGGUGUACCAACUCAAGCAGUAGUGGGUCCCCCUCUCAAUGAUCUUCAGAUGCCGCCAACCAUCGUCAAGAUUUUUCAGAUCAGGAAAAGUCAGUGGUUUACAUACAUUUAACAGAUUUCACAGUACAAAAUGUUUAUUUAUUGAUUGUUUUCAUUCAUUUCGCAUAACAACAAAUCUUUUUUAGGUGAAAAGUUCUUGCAUAAAAAAAUGCCCCUGCCUUUGUAUACCUCGGUAUGCAGGGGACCUGGAAUAUUGUCCUUGAGAGGAUAAGGCCAUUUUCAUUCUGCAAAGAGCACCUUUGAAAAUCUUAAAGCGUAUAGGAAACUUCUAAAGGGGCACCAAGGCCAAGAUCAGGGCAACAGCCGUGUAAUUUCAGGCCGGGUCUGUACUUUCUACUCGUAAGGAAAAAUUGUGAAAGGUGUGUAUUAAGUAUGACCUCGUCAACAGAACAGUAGCCCCUAACCAUGGAUUUCUCAAAUUGUCAUAUUCUUUCUAAAAAAUCUUCGAAGUAAAAUCUCGCAUCCUGAUCUGAAGCAUUUUCCCAAAAACUUUGACAACAUCACAAUAGAGAUUAUAAAUCUUUAAGAAACUUUACAAAGAAAAACAACAACAUGGCUGCCAGUCCAACAUUUGUGUGUCCUUCACAACAACUUGAUGAAACUGUUAUGGACUGAGAACUUGUAAAAAAAAUAAAAAGAAGCUUGGUUUAUUCCAGGAAAUAAAAAAA